AUGUCGUCACUUCCUCUGAGCGUCUGUCUUUAGAAGGAACUAUUAGCACUGUUAAAAGAGGAGUGCACGUAGGACAAUGCAAGAAAAAAGGAAUUACGAUCAGUUCUAGAAAGAAAAACACGUUGACGUCUGCGCGGUUUGGAUACACAAUUGAUUUCACACUAGUUUGUUUUGGAUAUAUAGAAAUAAUCAGAUUUUGAUUGAGACCUUUGGCAUUCCAGCUCACAAAGUUCACUGUUUUUUCAGAGAAACACUGCUUCUGAACUUUUGAAGACAUUUUGCAAUCUUGAGUAAAGAUUCAUAAGAUGACUGAUGCAAUAAUGAGUAAAGCUGCAACUAUGGAAAUCCCAAUUAACAGCAAUGGAGAUACAGGAUCCCUCCCUGAAGAUGACAGCCUGGAACAGGACUUGCAGCAAGUAAUGGUGUCCGGACCGAACCUUAAUGAGACCAAUAUUGUUUCAGGGGGCUAUGGAGGCACAGGAGAAGGGAUAUUGGCCCCUGGCUCCAUUAAAGCACCUAAUGUGCAGCAAUCACGUGGUGGUCAAGCAAUGACUACUGAAGAGGCAUCACGUGGUUUAGCUGUAGAGAAAUUUGACAUUAUGAAAAAGUGGGGUAUAAAUACUUACAAGUGUACAAAACAGUUGAUUUCUGAGCGAUUUGGCAAAGGAUCACGCACAGUGGAUCUGGAAUUGGAGGCUCAGAUAGACGUAUUGAGAGACACAAAACGGAAAUAUGAGAAUAUCUUGCGAUUGGCAAGAGCUCUGACGAACCACUUCUAUAGUAUGGUACAGACACAGCGUGCACUCGGAGACACUUUUUCUGACCUGAGCCAGAAAUCCCCUGAGUUACAGGAUGAGUUUGGAUACAAUGCUGAGACGCAAAAGCUUCUGUGCAAGAAUGGAGAGACCUUACUUGGAGCAAUCAAUUUCUUUGUGUCGAGCAUAAAUACACUAGUGAAUAAAACCAUGGAGGAUACACUAAUGACGGUCAAGAUGUAUGAAAAUGCAAGGCUGGAAUUUGAUGCUUACCGUGCAGAUUUAGAAGAGUUAAAUAUGGGUCCUCGAGAUGCCAUGACACUAUCCCGCAUCGAAACAGCUCAGCAGCAGUUCCAUAUUCACAAGGGAAAGUAUGAAAGGUUGAGAAGUGAUGUUACCAUCAAACUAAAAUUCUUGGAAGAAAAUAAGGUUAAAGUUAUGCAUAAACAGCUCCUACUUUUCCAUAAUGCCAUCUCAGCAUACUUUGCAGGGAACCAGCAGCAACUUGAACAGACCAUCAAGCAGUUCAAUGUAAAGUUGAAGCCCCCUGGCGUGGACAAGCCAUCCUGGCUGGAGGAACAAUGAGAAUCAUGCUGUGCAUAUCUGAAGAAACUUGAAAAAGCAUACUUAGAACACGGGUCCAGGAUAUUCCAGAGGUUAUCAAAUAGGAAAACAGACUUUCUGGCUCUCUUUCCAUCUUUCUUUUUCCCUCUUUCUCUUUUUGACAUUUAGAGAUCAUGAAAUAUAUUAGAAAAAUCUGAAUCCUCUUUCUGUUUGUAAAGCAAAUGCAAACGCUAAGCAUUUAUGAUAUCUAGACCAGUCAAUAAUUUAAAAUAUAAUCAGUGUAAUAGUUCCUGAUUGGUUCAUAGUUUAAGAUUCAAACUAGACAUCCACAUUUGUUAGAACUAGAAAAAUAUUAAGAGAUUUUAGAAUCAUGGUUAUGGGUUUUUUUUUUUUUGUAUUUUAUAAACAUGAAAAGAUUUAUAUACAUUAUUGUGUUGGGGAUUAUUUUUACCCAGAUGAUUAUGCUAAUGUUCAGGGUUACAUACUGUAGAGAAAUAAGAUGCAUUAGAGCUAAUCAAGAUAAAGUCAACAAUGAUUUUCGAUUUUAAUCAUUUAAGGGCAAGUGUCACAUGUGUAAGGUGACAUUUUGAUGCCUCUGUUUUUUCAGAGAUAGUUAAUUUAGUUAACUUUUGAAUGCAUAAAAUAAAAUAUUUAAGACCUGGCAAGUAUAGUUUUGUUGAAAACUGCUGUUGCUCAUUAAGCAGACAAGAAUAAUGUUGGUGGUAUAACUGUGGGGCCCAGUCUCCCUCAUUCUUGACCCCAGGAUUAUCUGUACCAGUGUGCAGAUGAUGUGUUUGUCAUACAAACCACUUCACAACAUUUUAGCACAAAGUGCUCAUCAUCUAAUUGCUUAAAGCAGACAGUUUGACACACCUUUCUUGUAAAGCAAAAAACAUGAAUGGUAAAGACUGUCUAAUAAAUUAUGCUGUUCCACUAAAAUGUUUUGUGCAUUUCAAUGUUUAUUUUUUGCACUAACCAAGGUUUUGAACAGUUAUGCAUUGUAUAUUAUAUAUUGUUUAAAAAAGCAGCUUACACAUACUUUAAUUCUAUUCAGAUACACUCCUUAACAUUUCUUAUUUUUUCCUUUAUGAAUCUCUUUAAUUAUAAAAUAGUGGGUUGUGGAAGGCAAACAUUUGUCUAAAAUAAAAUAAGAUAAUUUUGCAAAAAAAGAAUUAAGGGAGGCAGUACAUUUAUAAAUCUAGACUGUAAAUAGUAUCACAGUGUGUUUUUACUGUGUAUAUAUCUUGAGUGAAUUUCACAGAUUCUCCCCAGAAGAAUAUUUUUGUUUCAGCAAUACUGUGUAUAUCUAUUAAUGUUUAAAAAUUUAUUGGUGAAGAACAUUGCAUGUAAUUUCUGCAACUACAAAAAUAAAAUGUGUAGCAAUUAUUAGUAUUGCUGUGGGUAGCAUUCCUUAUGUUUUUUGCACAACUAUAAGAAUAACUAAUUUCAGAAAACAAAUAAAUUAUUAUCUUAAUAAAAUUCUGUUUCCUUUUAAACCAAUAAGAAAUGUUGUGGUAUUGAAUCAGACAAAAUUAUUAUGAUGUCUUCUCCACUUUCUUAAACAUGAGAACUAAUUAUUUUAGGUUUGGGCAGCAGCCAGGUUUUAAAAUUUAAACCACAGAUGUGAAUUGUUAAGUGCUCUGUUUCUGUCAGUCCAAACACAGUGGGCUCCCUCAUCAAAUCUCUAGAUUUGACCAUUCAGUCCUCUGUAAUCUCUAAUUGUGCAGGCUCAGCUAUUAAAUUGUUUGUUGUAGAAAAAGUUAAGUGUUAUGCUAUAAAUAUUUUAAAGCAAUUUUGUCAUUAUUUUGGGUUGCACAGUGAUGCCGUGUUAAGGACGAUUUUUGUCAUAGAUCUAGCAUCCUGGAUUUGAUUCCCGAGUCUGUAUCUGUGUGGAGUUUGCCAGUUCUCCCAUGUUUGUCUGGGUUCUCCUCCCAUAAACAAAAGACAUGCAUGUUAGAUGGACUUUGAAUUGAACCAGCUCAUGUGUGUGUGGCCCUAAGUAGGCCCUGUGAUAUACCGAUGCCUGGGUCAGGUUUGGUUCCCACCUUGUUUCCGAUGCUGAGGGUUUGACCUUUUGUGACUGUGAACUGGAUCAAAUGGGAUAUGAUGGGUUUGAAAAUGUGAUGCAACUUCUACAAAAAAAUCAAAUUAAAUAUUUUUAGAUUAAAUAACUGGAAAAAACAAAACUUGAAUUUAGGACGAUUCUUAUAAGUCAAAUUUGCCUAUGUAAAAAUUGAACAUUGUUUUUACAUCUAUAUCAAAUAUAUCGAAACAAGUAAAGCAAAAACUCAAAAGAAUCUGAUUUUAUUACAUGGUUCUUUAUGAAAUUAGUGGGUUUAAUAGUGAAUGGAACAGAAUGGGUAUGUUACAGUAUGUUAUUUUCGUUUCAAACCUUAGUAGGUGUUUUUUUUUUUUUUUUUAAAGUGUAGAUUAUGCGGUACGUUUACAUUUUCUCUUCAAUGUGUAUUAAUAUUAUUUUGUACUUCUGUAUGAAAGCUAUGUUGAAUUACCUUUUCUCUUGGUAAUGUGUGGGGUUUUCCUAAAUUUUAUUGCAUUGGUAUAAAAUAAAUGUGUAUAUUUUUUUAUUUUGCCAUGGUGAUAGUUGCAGACCACAGUUUAAUUUUAAGCGGGAUGUGUUUGUGCAAGGUUUGUAAAUUAUUGUAUGUGUAUGGUUCCUCCCACAGAGCUGUCUGGUUUCUUUAAUCUGGCCAAAUCAUUCUAUCUGGUAAAUCAGCAACUUUAAAAUCCCCUUUGUGUGAAUACUUGUAUUUUGCUUUCUCCAUAGACUGACAUCUAGUCUGGAUUGGGACUUUGAUUUUACCCUUUCAUUCAUGUCUUCUGUUGGUUCAGGUAUCCACUCCCUGGUUAGCUGUGGAGCACAAAUAUUCUGUUCAGAUUUUAUUUUUUUUUUCCUGUAAUAAAAUUUAUCAAAUAUAAAUAAAAACAGUACUCUGCUAUUUCAAGUAACAUUGUCUUUGGUCAUAUAAUAAUUUGCAGUUCUGCUUAAAGGACUGUGUCCCACAUUAAAAUAUGUUUUAACAAUAUAUAUAUACUUUUUAACAUUGGA